AUGGAUUUAGAGCAGGAGGAAACCAUCGCGACGGACGACGACAGCAGUGAAGCCGACCAGAACUUUUACCUCAGCAGGUUAAUGUUGAUAGAACAUCAGUUCUCAACCCCCACCGUCGUCUCUCAUCGUGUCCUAAUUAGUGAAGAGAUUUCACCUCAGAUUGACCUGCAAUAUCGCACAGGACAGAAUAGAAAGACAUCCAUAACAAAACAGCAAACCCAUGGCACCGUGGUUUCACCAAUAAAUCCUGCAAGCGUUCAAGCUGGUAUUAUUGAAGAAGAAAGUUCUUCAGAAAGGGAACACAGUGAAGUGUUGAGAUCCAUUCCCAUACAUGGCACCAACUCGCUUGCUUCUCACCAGCACACUGUGCCGAUUUUGAGACCUUCAUUGAGAAUAAACGGCAAACCUUUUGGUGAAAAAACUGAUCCAUUGGCCACAAUGAAGAACACUCAACUACUGAAUACUAAAAACAGGUCACUGCCUUCUAAAAGGAAGGAGAGUCCAGACACCAAAGAGUACAAUAAAGAGUUCAAUACACCUUUGCCUACACAUGAUAAACCAACAUUAACCGCUAAGCCUUGCGUUAGUCCAGGCAAGUGCUCAAACCUGACUACACAAAUUAAGCUCAGUGCAGUGUAG